AUGGGUAACGGAGGGUACAGAGUUUCAGUUUGGGAAGAUGAAAAAGUUUUAGAGGUGGAUGGUGCCUUUAAGAACCAGUCACCUCAAGAUCUCAACAUCAUAAUCUCAGUUUCAACACAAUUGUUCCUAGUUCUCUUUUCAUUGCUUUUGGUGCUGCCUGUUGUUGAAGCAGUAGAAGCCGGAGAUGCAAUCGCUCUCUUGCUCGGUGUGGUUCUCAGCAUUACAGGCAUUUGUGCUUGUUUGGGGGUGUAUGCACGGAAGAGAAAUGGACGGAUGAGACUUUGAAGGGCCUCCUGAAUCAAACCUUGCCCUGAAAACCUUUGUGCUAUUGAGGUUCAGAACUGA